AUGGGCGGGGACGAAGCGGAGAAGCAGCAGGAAAGGGACAAGGAGCAUGGGGGCAUGGGAAUGGGGAUGGUUCUGGAGCGAAGGGAGGAGCGGCGGGAAAAAAUCGCGCGGGAGUUUGUGCCGUUAGACCGGCUAGAUCGCGAGGAAGGGGGGCUGAGAGGGUUCGCGAAUGGUCUCUCGCGGAAAGAGACGGGAGGGGGAGGUGGAGGAACGGCGGAUAACGGGGCUGGUAGUAGAGAGAACAGCGGCAGCGGCAGUGGGGGCGGUGGCAGCGGUGGAAGCAACUCCAACGGCGAUGCUGCUGCUGUAGGAGGUGCAGCAGGGGAAGGUGGGACAGGGGAUGAUAAGCACGACAGGGCAGGCUCGAGAGAUGGAGGGAAAGAGCAGCAAGGAGGCAACGUGAAGGGGAAGAGAGAGGCAGCGCAGACCCAGCUAGACGAAGACGAUAUCCCUCUGCUUAUGCCUUUAAAGGGGUUGUUUAAAAGCAAGGAUCUCGACGAGGAGAUUAAAGAGGAGGAGGAGGAGGAGAGGAAGAAGGGCGAGAGGGGGGCGGAGAGGAAGCGGCAGGUGGCGAGGCGGGAGUUUCGGAGCGAUGAUUGGAGUCACUUGGGGGAAACGAGGGGGGGGUUGUCGUCUAGUGAAAGCAAUGCUGGUGGUGUUGGUGGUGGAGCGAACACAACUGGUGCUGCUGGGGCUGCUGCUGGUGAUGGUGUUGCCAGGGAUAGUGGUAGUGCUAGUAACGAAGCCAGUCAUAGCGCGUCAGGUGCUUCUAACGGAGCUUCACAGGCAACCGCAGGUACCACAGCCAGUAACACUGGUGCCACAAAAGAGGGCGAGUCUGGAGCUGCUAAGCCAAGUGUGACUAAAACGAACGAGACGAGUGGUGAGAAGGGCGGCGAUGUGGGUCAGCUGGUGGGACGAAUCCUUGACAGGCUGGAUGAUAUGGAGGACGAGGGGGGUAAGUUCAACAAAACCCUCGAAAAACAAGAGGCAGUUCUGGAAACAGUCGCCCGGGUGGGUAAACACCACGUGCUCGAGGAGGUGAAGGAGAGGGAGCAGCGGGAGGAGCAGGAAGAUCGACAAGUGCUGGAGGAAGCAGAGAGAGAGGAAGCACAGGAGAAGAUGAAGCAGCUUGAGCAGGUGGCUCUAGCCAUGGCUGCUGCUGAAGCGGAAAAGAAGGCGAAAAAGAAAGGGGUGGCAGCGGUGGCGGCGGUGGUGAGUCAGGGGGUGAAGGCAAGCGAAGUGUCGCUGUUUGACCUGGUGUUUGGGUGGGAUAGCAGCGGGAAACAACCUCCCCCAGUUUCGCCCUCCCCCAGCCUCCGAACGAAGAACCUGACUAGGCUAGCCGCAGCUAAGAAGCGAUUUGCAGAGAGAGCAGGGCGGGGGGCGAGGGAGAAGGAGAGAUCGGAGAGGGUGGAUGAGGGGGAGAACGAUGUGCCAAGGCUGAUUGACUCCCAGGACAAUGAGUACGUUAUAAGCAGCCCCGGUAAGGGCUCGAAGAUGCAGCUGCAGGAGGACUUUAUGCUUAUAUCGGAUGUGGUGAUGGUGAUUGUGGCGGCGGCGCUGGGCGGGCUGGCAUGUGGGCUGGUGGGGCAGCCGAUCAUCCUGGGGUACAUCGUUGCAGGGAUGAUCAUUGGCCCUGGUGGAUUCGGCCUCAUACACGAGCUCGUGCAGGUGAGACAGGGAUGCAUUGCUCUGCUGUCACUGGUAACCGGGCUCGUGUGCGGGCUGGUGGGGCAGCCCAUCAUUCUGGGGUACAUCGUUGCAGGGAUGAUCAUUGGCCCUGGUGGAUUCGGCCUCAUACACGAGCUCGUGCAGGUGGAGACCCUAGCUCAGUUCGGAGUGGUCUUCCUGCUCUUUGCCAUCGGCGUCGAGUUCAGCCAUGCCCGCAUGCAAGGCGUGCACGCCGUUGAAACCCUUGCUCAGUUCGGAGAAGUCUUUCUCCUCUUUGCCAUCGGGUUCGAGUUCAGCCUUGCUCGCAUGCAAGGCGUGCACGCCGUGGCGCUAGCGGGCGGAGGAUGGUGGAGGGGAGUCCAUGCACGCUCUCCUCUCCCUCUCCUCCUCACUCUCACCCACUCACUCCCUCCCUCACUCACUCACUCACUCACUCACUCACUCCCUCCCACGCCCUCUUUUUCUCCCUUGCACCCUCAGGUUGAAACCCUAGCCCAGUUCGGCGUUGUCUUCCUGCUCUUCGCCAUCGGGGUCGAAUUCAGCCUCGCCCGCAUGCAAGGCGUGCACGCAGUGGCGCUAGCGGGCGGCAUAAUUCAGAUCGGUCUGUCCAUGGUGCUGGGCGGCAUCGUCAGCUCCAACACGCCCCAGGGGCUGUUCAUCGGGGGCUUUCUCUCCAUGUCAUCAACUGCCGUGGUUCUCAAGUGUCUGAUGGACAUUAACAGCAUGGGCACUGAGCAUGGGCAGAUCAUGCUCGGAACUCUCAUCUCCCAGGAUUGUGCUCUCGGCCUCCUCCUCGCAAUAAUGCCGGCGCUCGCCGCCCGCCCCGCCUCCGCCUCAGCCAUUCUCCUCGCCCUGCUGCGAGAGCUCCUAAUCCUCCUCGCCUUCGCCCUCAUCGCCUGGCUGCUAGCGCGCUUCUUCGUGCCCCGCUUCCUCCCGCUGCUGCUGCGCCUGGCGCGCGGGUCGUUCAACAGUGAAAUCUACCACCUAGGCGUGGUGGCGAUCUGUCUGUGCGUCGCUCUGCUCUCUGAGGGACUCGGACUGUCGCUCGAAGUGGGAGCUUUUGUAGCUGGCCUCAUGCUCUCAGGCAACAGCUACAGCGAGCGAACAUUGCAUCAAGUCGAGCCCAUCCGAAACCUCUUUGCCGCGCUCUUUCUGGCGAGCAUAGGCAUGGUCAUGCACCCGCUCUUCCUCUGGCAACACAUCGACAUCCUUCUCAUUGCUGUGGCUGUCGUCUUCGUCGCCAAGGCCUGCCUUGUUGGGUUUGUGGUGAGUGGUGCAUUCGUGUGUGUGCUGCUGAGUGGUGAAAAGCCUUGCCUUGCCUUGUCUCGCCUGCUUCCCUCUGUCUCUCUGCUCUUCCUGGCGAGCAUAGGCAUGGUCAUGCACCCGCUCUUCCUCUGGCAGCACAUCAACAUCCUCCUCAUCGCUGUCGCUGUCGUGUUUGUCUCCAAAGCCUGCCUCGUGGGCUUCGUGGUUCGGGCGUUUGGCUACAGCACCGGCACAGCAGCAUCAGUGGGGGUGGCCCUAGCUCAGAUCGGAGAGUUCUCCUUUGUCCUCCUCUCCCGCGCGCAAACCCUCAAGCUAGUGGGCCACAAGCUCUACCUCCUGCUCAUGGGCACCACCGCUCUCUCCCUUGUGCUCACCCCCUUCACCUUCCGUGAUCUGCACUCCGCUUUAGAAUGUCUCUUUCUCCUUUUCUCCCUUCCCCUCCCGGACCGACCAACCAGGUUCGGGCAUUCGGCUACAGCACCGGCACAGCAGCCUCGGUGGGAGUCGCUCUGGCACAAAUCGGCGAGUUCUCCUUUGUCCUCCUCUCCCGCGCGCAAACCCUCAAGCUAG